UUGAAAUCACUUCACUCUCACACACACAACGUGCAGUCGCGCGGUGAGCGGUGGAGCGAACGAUCCCGAGGCAGCCCAUAGUUGUGUAGCUGUACAGAGGGUGACUGACAGAGGACCAAAACGCUGGCAACUAAUGGACAUAUAGUAUAUUGUUUUUUGUUUUUUUAUUCUGGAACACUCUGCUACGGGAACAUAUUGAGGAUUAGCUUAGCAGCUGGUGAGAAUGUUCCAAACUAAGCACAGGAUGCUGCUAUAAAACUGGUCCGGAGACGUACUAUAUAUGGUUGUUUCCGUAUCGGAGGAGGGGACAACAAUCUGAUGUGCAGCGCUUCUGGUCACCAAGUUGUUUUCUGCCGGCAAUUAACGCACUCGAUUUGAUAUCAGGGGGACCGUCAUCGGAUUUGAAGGAAUAGGCUAACCGUCGUCGGCUGAUCAAGUGGAUUGUUUGUUGUUGGGGUUUUUUUUUAUCACGGGGAGUGCGUUGUUCAUGUAUUGUGGAUUCCUACUUGUGGGGAGAUAUUGAGGGCUGAAGUGGCUUCGUUCAGGAGAGGAGAGGGAUCGAAGCUUCUAGCCCGGCUGAAGCGCUCAGAACUGGGAUAGGCUACUGAGGAGUUCUCAUCCAUCCAAGACCGAUGCGUUUCCAGUCAAGCGGAGUGAUGGUGCUGAGGUGGGAUGCCACGCUGGUGUUGGCCGCCAUGCUUCUGGUUUGCUGUGCCGCCGAUCCCACUGACAUUCUCUACCGGAUGCUCGAGGAGCAGCCGCCCAACACGUUAAUCGGCAGCCUGGCAUCGGACGAGGGCCUGCCCGACUCAGGCCACCUGUACAAGCUGGAGGUGGGCACCCCUUACCUGCGCGUGGACGGCAAGACGGGAGACAUUUACACCACAGAGGUCCCCAUCGACCGCGAGACACUGCGGGACUGCCGCAACCUGUUAGAGGGCGACAAGUGCUUCCUGGAGUUCGAGGUGUCCAUCACGGACCUGAAGCAGGGCCAGGGACCGCGGCUGAUCGAGGGCCGCAUCGAGGUGCAAGACGUCAAUGACAACACACCCCAGUUCACCUCGCCCAUCCUCAUGCUGUCCAUCCCAGAGAACACACACAUCGGGGCGCUCUUCUCCAUCCCCAUGGCCAGCGACAAGGACUCGGGCCACAACGGCGUGGCCGAGUACUCGCUCAGCGCCGGGCCUGAUGCCGACCAGCUCUUCAGCCUGCAGGUGGCCGAGGACACAGACGAGAAGCAGCCGCAGCUCAUCGUCAUGGGCAACCUGGAUCGCGAGCAGAAAGACUCGUACGAUCUCAACAUCCGUGUGGUGGACGGGGGCACACCACCACGAGCCAGCAGCGCCCUGCUGAGGGUGACCGUCACCGACCAGAACGACAACGCACCCAAGUUUGAGAGGAGCCACUAUGAGGCUGAGCUGGCUGAGAACAGCCCUGUGGGACACUCAGUCUUGCAGGUGAAAGCCAACGAUGCUGACAUGGGUACCAACGGGGAGAUCGACUACAGCCUGCACCAGGCCUCCGAUGCCGUCCAGAGGUUGCUACGCAUUGACCGCUCCACAGGGAUCAUCUACGUCAAGGGGCUGGUGGACCGAGAGGAGGAGAGCUUCCUCAAGUUCUUCGUGGUGGCCAAGGAUCGCGGCCCCAACUCGAAGAGCUCCAAAGUCCUGGUGACCAUCAACGUCAAGGACCAGAACGAUAAUGCACCCGCCAUCGAGAUCCGUGGCAUCGGCCUGGUCACCCACCACGACGGUGUGGCCAACAUCUCAGAGGACAUGCCCAUCGGCACGGCUGUAGCUCUGGUGCAGGUGUCGGAUCGUGAUGAAGGGGAGAAUGCUGUGGUCACCUGUGUGGUGGCCGGGGAUGUCCCCUUCCAGCUGCGGCCCGCCAGCGAGUCAGCCAAUGACCGCAAGAGAAAAUACUUCCUGCAGACCACGACCCUGCUAGACUACGAGCGCAUCAAGGACUACAGGAUUGAAAUAGUAGCGGUGGACUCCGGUAACCCUGCACUGUCCAGCACAAACUCCCUGAAGGUGCAAGUCACCGACAUGAAUGACAAUGCCCCUGUCUUCUCCCCCAAUCUGUUUGAGGUGGACUUUGCAGAGGAGAAUCAGCCAGGUGAUAAGGUCCUGGAUGUGGUGGCCACAGACGCGGACAGUGGGUCCAACGCAGAGCUGACCUACAGCAUCAUCAUGGACUCGGCCACUAAGGGGCUCUUUGAGAUCGACCCCAAAACGGGAGAGGUGCACGUGAGGAAUACGCUGGACCGUGAGCACAGGGAGCAGUACGAGUUUCACGUGGCAGCAGCCGAUAAGGGCUCGCCUAGCCUGAGGGGGACGGCCACGGUGGUGGUCAAGGUGCUGGACCGUAACGACAACGACCCCAAGUUCAUGUUGAGCGGCUACAGCUUCUCCGUCUUGGAGAACAUGCCUCCGCUCAGCCCUGUUGGCAUGGUGACGGUCAUCGACGCAGAUAAGGGCGAGAACGCCAUGGUGCGACUCUCGGUGGAGCCCGACAAUGGCAAGUUUGUCAUCCAGAAUGGCACAGGUACUAUCCUCUCUAGCAUAUCCUUUGACCGUGAGAAGGAGAGCACAUACACUUUCCGCCUCAGGGCUGUGGACGCCGGUGACCCUCCCAGGUCCUCCUACGUGGGUGUGACCAUCAACGUCUUGGACGAGAACGAUAACUCCCCCUACGUCACCAAGCCCUCUAACUCCUCCUACAAGUACCUCCCACCUCUCACGACCCCCGAGACACGCGUUGAAGUGGUGGAGGCCGAAGACAUCGACACGGGACCCAACGCCGAGCUGGUCUUCAGCAUUACCGGCGGGAACCCCUACGGACUGUUUCACAUCUCGCCCAACAAUGGGGAGAUCACCCUGGCCCAGGAGUUCACCCGCAAGCACAACGGGCUCCACCGUCUGGUGGUGAAGGUGAGCGACAAAGGCAAGCCACCACGCCACACCACCGCCCUGGUCCACAUCUUCGUCAAUGAGACCAUGGGCAACAUCACCCUGAUCGAGUCUCUGGUGGGUCACAGCCUCUACACUCCUCUGGACAGAGACAUUGCCGGGGACCCCAACUAUGCGCUGGCCCAGCGCAGUAACAUCCUGUAUGGCAGCCUAGCGGGCAUCGCCGGAGUCAUCCUGGUCAUCGUGGUGGUGGUGGUGAUCCGUCAUCGCAUGCAGAAGGACACCAAGAGCGGCUACCAGGCGGGCAAGAAGGAGAGCAAGGACCUGUAUGCCCCCAAAGCAGGGCCCAAGAAUGGCAAGGGCAAAAAGAGCAAGAAGGGCAAGGUGCCCAAGCCCACCAAGCCACUGGAGGAGGACGAAGAGGCCAGCCUCCAGAAGGGCCUCAACUUCAACCUCAUAAACGAUAGUGUCAAUGACAGUCCCCGGAUCCACCUGCCCCUCAACUACCCCCCGGGCAGCCCCGACCUGGGCAGACACUACCGCUCCAACUCCCCACUGCCCUCCAUCCAGCUGCAGCCCCAGUCCCCUUCUGCCUCCAAGAAGCACCAAGCCGUUCAGGACCUGCCCGCCACCAACACCUUUGUGGGCACAGGUGACAACAACUCUACAGGCUCCGAUCAAUAUUCGGAUUACAGCUACAAGGCAAACCCGCCGAAAUACAGCAACAAACAGCUCCCCCAUCGCCGAGUGACCUUCUCCACGGCCAAUCAGGCUCAAGACCUGCAGGACCCCUCCCAGCACAGCUACUACGACAGCGGAUUGGAGGAAUCGGAGACCCCCAGCUCCAAAUCGUCAUCGGGGCCCCGCAUUGGGCCCCUGGCCCUGCCUGAGGACCACUACGAGAGGACCACCCCGGACGGCAGUAUCGGAGAGAUGGAGCACCCGGAGAACGAUCUCAGGCCUCUGCCUGAUGUGGCCAUGACUGGGAACUGCACCCAUGAGUGUACCGAGUUCGGCCACUCCGACGCCUGCUGGAUGCCUGGCCAGCCCUCCCCCAAUCGUAAGAGCUCCACCAAGAACGCCCCCAAGCUCUCCACCUUCGUGCCUUACCUGGAGAGUGAGGGGCAGGACCACCUCAUGGCCAACGGCAGUCCCAAGCCCAUGGCAGACGAGCGUGGGAGUGCUGGAGGUGGCAGCGGAGGCUCCAAGGUGGCUAACAUCCGCUUCCUGCCCCCUUACAGCAGUGCCUUCGGGGGCAGCGACUCCGGCAAAGGCUGCGAGGAGAUCCCCCUGAGCCAGGCAGCCGAAUACCAUUCCGCCACCACACCCACCAACCAGGGCUCCAAGAGAGAGAUUUACCUGUGAGGGCGAUGAUGUGGCCACCACCCCACCACCUUCACCCUUACCCAUAUGCCCACUGUUCCUGACCCCAUGCCCUCAGGCCUACCCCUCACUGCCCCUGUGCCUAGCUGCUGUGUCGUCUGAGAAGUGCCAUAGCACCACCACCACCCUCCUUUUUAUAACCACCUCCCACCGUAUGAGGCUUUAGAAUCCACAAAACCUCCAAUGAAUUAAAUAAAGAGUACAAAUCGGUCCAAGCCAAACAAAGAAGAUACUUGGCGAGUGCAAAUGCUACUGACAGAAUGUAAACUACGCUAUCAUUUAAACAUUGUGAUUAGUUAAUUGGAGACUAUUUAGUUAUGAUUGCGUGUUCAAGUUCUUUUUUUUUUUACAAUGAAUUUCCGUUGGAGUUCCGUUGAACUGAAAACAAUGAGGGUAGAAAAGUGUUCUUGUAAAAUAGACACAUGAAUAUACAGUGUAUGGACAUCUAUUUUAGGUGUUCUUUUGGUUUUCUGUUUUGUUUCCUUUUUUUUUUUAGAAGUGAGUGUCGGUCUCAACUCUUGGACCUCCAAUUAAUAAGCAAUAAGGCACGAGGUGGUGUGGUAUAUGGCCAAUAUGCCACGGCUAAGGGCUGUUAUUACGCACGACACACCGCAGAGUGCCUGGAUACAGCCAUUUGCCGUGGUGUUUUGGCCAUAUGCCACAAACCCCUGAGGUGCCUUAUUGCUAUUAUAUAAACUGGGUACUAAAGUAAUUAGAUCAGUACAAUAAAUGUACCCAUGGUAUACGGUCUCAUAUACCACGGCUGUCAGCCAAUCAGCAUUCAUGGCUGGAACCACCCAGUUUAUAACUAGAAUUAGAGCGGUGUUUCUCUUGCCUGACUACCCAAACUCCUUGCUCCUGCAAAAUGCUACACCACACCCACGGAUGUUAGUUUCUUCUCCGCAAUGAGUCAUGAUCCGAGUAUCUGCGCAACGAUUUCUAGAAGAGGAAAAAGUACUCUAGCCAUUCUGAUUGGUACCAGAAACCAAUGGGUUUGGACAGAGCCGGAACACGUGGGUAAAGCGGCAGUUUGAAAAUUCGACAUUGGCUUUGAUACUCUGAUUGGUUAGAGAUGAUCCAAUCACUGAUUACUAUGUUUUCUACACCACCCCUCAUUUUAGUCGACACCACAAACAACUUCAAUGAUGGCAGUCUCAGACUGAAGUAUGUAGCGAACUAUAGAGCCAUGGAAGAAUUCAGUUUGAGUCGUCAGGCAAGUCCUGCUCCUACUCAAGAGGACACAGCUGACUGGUAAUUUUGCCAUCCUUUGCUCAACAUAAGACAUUAAAGUCCUCAAAACAUUUUUUCACAACCAAGAGGUCUUUAUCAAUGUACAGAGCUGUAAAUACAAUGGAAAUGAGUUAGACUUUAAGCAUUUUAUUAGAUUAUUUUCCUUUGGCUGUAUAGAGCUUCAAUAAGAGCUUUUUGAGUCAUUGUUGUUAAGAUCUCACAGUGAUCUGGAACCUUUGUUGGUUGGUUGUGUUAUCCAUGAUGCACCGGUUGACAAUACCAAGUGUAACACUGGGAGAAUUUAUAACCUUUGACACAUCACUGAACAUGUGAAGCUACAGUACACAUUUGUGACUUUGUAUUCCUCAUCUUUACUAUGAUCUUGGACAAAAGAAAAACACGUCAGAAAAAAAUGGUGCUGGUGUUAAAAGUGUUGGCUGAAGUGGAUGUCAAUGUCUACUGCUGUGCAUUUUCAGUCCCUCGCCACCCAAAUCUCAAACUCUUUGAUUGAGGUCUCACCGAAGGAUCAAUUCUCACCAGGUAUCCAGUUGGAGAGCAACGAGAAACAGCUUGCUUUUGUUAAGGUGUAUCGUUCCAUGGUGCACAUACUCCAUAACUCUAACUCCUCUAAUAUUGCAAUCUCUAGUUUCUAAGUUUGACAAUUUUGUAGUCAUCUUUGUGAAAACUGAUGGUAUUUAUCACCUGCUGUUCCAAGUCAGUUCCCCACUGUAGCACAGCUGUUAGAGACCUGCUGUGGGUGUGAGGUAAAGUCUGUCCUGGUCCUGUGGUGUGACGGUGGUAGUAGUUGGAGAGUUGGGGAGGAUUCACAGCUCUCCUAUACACUAGCGCGCUAACCCCACUAACCCCGCCAUGCAGAGGCAUUGCUCUAAUUGAGCCUGGAGGCAUCGUUCAUUAGCAGUGAUCAUUUCCACAUCUCAAAACCGAGCAGGGUGUCCUGGCGGUUUGGAAGUUAAUUUGGAGUCUCAUAAUAAUAACUGCUGACAGUAAUGGGGAUUUCACCUGUGGCAAUGAGCAUCAGCCAUGAUUGGACUAAUGAAAACGCAUUGAGGAGAAAAAAGAGAGUGUGAAAAAGACCUCCAGACUACUAACACUACAGCUGGAGCUCUUGCACAACAUAAACACCACCGCAGGAUACACUCAAAGAGACAUUGUUGUUGUUAUGGCUUGCUAGGAUACAAAACAUGAUUCAGGUGGGGUCAUUUAAGGGUCAUGGCAUCAAAAAGCUAAGGUCACAAGGUCAGGCUAGUAUGUGUAUCUUAUGUUCCUGUGUCUGACCGUAGACUGCAUUUUUUUUGUGUGCAUUUCUAGUAUGCUUUGAAUUACAGUUCACAUUCAACAAGUCCAUGGCUGACUUGAUUGUGCGUGCUUCAAUGUAUAACAUGAUUUACAUGUGACUAAAUGGUUAACCAUUGUAAAUAAUGCAUCAUUUAAAAAUCUCAGUCAUAGGUCUAUCAUGGUGACAAUCAAUCCCUGUGACUUUUGAAAAAGCACGUAUUUUAUUUAAAGCCACAUAAUAAAGGGAUAGGCUACAAGAACAAAUAAGGCACGAAAGGAACGGAAUCUGCUUGAAAUCAACUGUAUUUCAGUUCUACUGGGCUAUGUCAACACUGUACAAUAUAUUACAUUAAUUAAUGAAUACAAUUUUCAUCAUUGCUCAUUCUAAUGAACACAAAGUAAUGUUCAACCAAAUCCUCCCAAUGACUUCUCUACAGGAAGGUCCAUACACAGUAACAGCUAGGAUCUUGGACCUCAAGUAACUGUUCAUUCAAAGUAGAUCUCAAUGUUGAUUUCAUGUCCUUGUUUGAUAAUUUAUAGAUCAAACACUGGUCCGAUAUUAAGUCACUGGCUUCUCCUGUGGUGUUCCUUCACAGCAAACACACAUUUUUCUCCCUGACAGGGCCUCUAGUCCCCUGGUUCUCCCUGACAGGGCCUUUAGAUCCCUGGUUCUCCUAGACAGGGCCUCUAGUCUCCUGGUUCUCCCUGACAGGGCUUCUAAUACCCUGGUUCUCCCUGACAGGGCCUCUAAUACCCUGGUUCUCCCUGACAGGGCCUCUAGUCCCCUGGUUCUCCCUGAAAGGGCCUUUAGAUCAUUGGUUCUCCUAGACAGGGCCUCUAGUCCCCUGGUUCUCCCUGACAGGGCCUCUAGUCCCCUGGUUCUCCCUGAAAGGGCCUUUAGAUCCCUGGUUCUCCUAGACAGGGCCUCUAGUCCCCUGGUUCUCCCUGACAGGGCCUCUAGUCCCCUGGUUCUGCCUAACAGGGCCUCUAGUCCCCUGGUUCUCCCAGACAGGGCCUCUAGUCCCCUGGUUCUCCUAGACAGGGCCUCUAGUCCCCUGGUUCUCCCUGACAGGGCCUCUAGUCUCCUGGUUCUCCCUGACAGGGCCUCUAGUCCCCUGGUUCUCCCUGACAGGGACUCUAGAUCCCUGGUUCUCCCAGACAGGGCCUCUAGUCCCCUGGUUCUCCCAGACAGGGCCUCUAGUCCCCUGGUUCUCCCUGACAGGGCCUCUAGUCCCCUGGUUCUCCCUGACAGGGCCUCUAGUCCCCUGGUUCUCCCUGACAGGGUCUUUAGAUCCCUGGUUCUCCCAGACAGGGCCUCUAGUACCCUGGUUCUCCCUGACAGGGCCUCUAGUUCCCUGGUUCUCCCUGACAGGGCCUUUUGUUCCCUGGUUUUCCCUGAUAGGGCCUCUUGUCCCCUGGUUCUCCCUUACAGGUCCUCUAGUCCCCUGGUUCUCCCCGACAGGGCCUCUAGUCCCCUGGUAACCUCCCUUGCCCACCCAUGGCUGAUCAGGACCUUCAGUGCCGGAGGGAUAGACUCUAAGCCCUUCUGAGCUCCAUCUCCUGAGUUGACAUAGCUGAUAUACAGAGGGCUGACGGGGAAGAGGGCUGCGGGGAGGAGGGGGAGGAGGGGUCCUUGAACAACAAAUGGGGAGGGAGAUGGAGAUAGAGAUGGAGUGAGAGUAAAUGAUUUGUGAAGGGGGUAGGUCAUGUGGCACCAAUUAACCCCAGCUUUUUGUGGUGGUGCGGAGAAGCUGACCUUUGAGAUGCGAUGCUAUUUGCUUUCCUUUAACCUUUGAGGCUCAAUGUGAACACACAGUGAAAUUUGAGAGGGGAUGAGGAGAGCAUGUGUGUGUGUGUGUGUGUGUGUGUGUGUGUGUGUGUGUGUGUGUGUGUGUGUGUGUGUGUGUGUGUGUGUGUGUGUGUGUGAGCACGCAUACAGGUGUUUUUUCUGUAUUUGUAGCUUUAGAGGUGCUGCCUGCAUACUGUAAAAAGAUGGCUCCACCUAAGCUCUAUGGACUCUUCUGACAGUCUCACAAACUCUCACUCUCUCCAAGGGGAAUCACCUGGAGUUUAUCCCUAGAGAGGAGCUGUCACAGAUACGGGCAGGAGAAGACUGUGUGCGUGUGUGCGCGUGUGCGCGUGCAUGCGUAUGAGAGAGUGUGCACGUGUGUCUAGCACCACUGCAGCAGCAUCCUAUUUUAUGCUGAGGCAAAGCAUGCCUGUGUUGAUUUGGUUGGUUUAUUGCUUUGUGUGUGCAUUUUAUUCAAUUGUAUUCCUUAAUUCAUGAAGCAUGUAGAACUCUUUACCUCAACGGAUCGGCUUAUACAGUAACUGGUCCGUGAAACAUGGAAUGCAGUCAGUGCAGACAGGCGUAACAUGGAUGACAAGGCAUAUUAUUUGGCACAUCUUUUUCAGAUCCCUUUUGUGUUUUUGUGCUCAGUAAUGUUCAAAUCCUCAUCAUGAUGAUAAUUCCACCUCGUUUGCUUUUAAGAGACUAUUUUACAGAUUCAGAGAAUUGGGUGUGCUCAUAAAUAUGGUUGGAUAUUAAUUAUAGUGAAUAGAAAAUGGAAUGUAGAUCAGUACUUGUAAUGUUAUCAAGGGAUUCCCUUGUUGGUCUAUAUAUCUUGAUUCCUAAGUAUUCAUUAAAGCAACCUAGAAUGAGUUUAGAGUGCUAAUUGAAAUCACUUUGCGUUCCAGUGUGUGACUUUUAGGUGUGUGUUUUGAAAAUGGCUCAGUCAAUGGUAUGCGGAGUGGCAUUGAGCCCUCAUUUGUAGGACCCCACCAUUAUAACGACAUCACUGGGGUGGGCAGUUCAAUCCGAAGCCCACCUCCAAGGUCUAUCAAUUAUGUUGAAGCUCCAAUCACAUCACAUUAUGCUGUCAAAUCAUACCAGCAGAACAAACAAUACACAGUUAAUCAAGGUGCAAAUAUCAACUGGGGCUGGUCAAAGAAAUAGGUCGGUUCUGGUUGUUCCUGAUGAGGAGAUUUAGUAGAGCAUGAAAAAGCCAAUUUUAUAAAUAUAUACAUUUUUGUUGUUGUCGACGUUGUUUUAUUAAUAGAAUAAAAACAACACAGCUAUAAACAUAUACAUAUAAAUGGUAUUUGCUAUUUUUACCAGAGGCAUUGGAUUUUUGGCUUUGUAAAAUAUGUCCUGCAUUUCCACAAGGCAGACUGUGUUCUACGUUUCCUGUUUCCCCUUAUUAAUGAUGGGUUCUUAAUGACAGCAUAACUCUAACAUACGCACAAUGCAAUGAAACACACAAAACGCUAUGACAUGGGAAACGUAACUGUCAUAACUUUGAAUAAACAAUCACAAAAUCAGUUAAAGGAACUGAAACAAAGCAGAUGAUGCUUCUUGAGAAAACAGCUCAUUUUUAAACAAUCUCACUUUGUGCCAUGUAGAGUUAUUCAGUUAUUGGGUUCCUCAUCCCUUUCUUACCCCAAAAGCUGAAGAAAGUGAAACUCGCUCCCCUCAAGGUAACUAGCCCCAAAAGGUCGGGUGAGCUUUCGAAAUGAGAAGAAGAAAACAGGAAUAAUCAGCUGCCGCUAAAUUAUGUCUUUAUAGAAAGUCAAACUUUGUAGCCUAAUUGUUGGUUAUAUACAAUAUAUAUAGGAAACAUGCUUGUGAUGCCUUGUUUUCUGGUACAGUUUUAUGUACAUGCAAGUGUAGCUUUUUUUUAAAUUAAGAAAAAAAAACAUUGUGAAAUCCAACGACAAGUCUAAAUUGUAAGAUAUUUUUCCCAAUAGGGUUAUGUUAGGGUGUGAGUGGUCAGGUUUGUGCAGAAAUGGUGAGGAUGCUGACUCUGUCUAAAACCUCUUCUGUAACUACUCACUUGCUUUACGCCUUUUUACUCUGUUUCAUUUGUAUUUUUAUUUGAUCUUUAUUGCAAAAUAGUGGCUUUGAGGAAAUCUGGUUCUAUGUUCGUUUUUAGCCUAAUUAGUUUUAUUAUAUUAAGAUCAGUAUCUGCAUGUUUGAACAAUAAAUGUGGUCUUUUAUUUUUGCUGAGCAAAUCAAAGAAACAAUAUCUUGUAAUUAUCCUUCCUUAUAGCUUUACAAUAAAAUA